GUGAACGUUUCAAAAUAUUUAGAAGCGCUGUAAUUGAGAAAUUCGCCAAAAAAAAUUGGAACUAAGAAUCCCAAAUGUGGUUAGAGUUGUUGAUUUUGUCAUCGGUGCUAUUGUAUCUGCUGUAUCGCGCGAGCACUGCCAAUCAUGACUUCUUUAAGAAACGCGGCAUACCCUUUGCAAAACCCAUACCAUUUGUGGGUAAUUUUUGGGAAAUUUUGAUGGGCGGAAGAUCGGCGUUGCAUGUAUUUUCCGAAAUCUAUAAUGAACAUAAUGGGAAAGUCUAUGGCAUCUUCGAUCAGAACCAACCGAUUUUUAUGAUAAAAGAUCCCGAAUUAAUUAAACAAAUUACGGUCAAGGAUUUCGAUCAUUUUGUAAAUCAUCGCACAUUCGGAAAUGCCGAUGAUACAAAGGAUCUGUUCGCAGCCUCAUUGUUCAUGAUGCACGAUGGCAAAUGGAAGGAUAUGCGUAGCACAUUGAGUCCUGCCUUUACGGGUAGUAAAAUGCGUUCCAUGUUUCAGUUAAUGAAUGAAGUGGCUCAGCAUACUCUAACACAUCUAAAGUCACUGCCAGAAGUUAAUAGCCCUCAAGGUUUGGAACUGGAAAUUAAGGAUUUUAUAACACGUUACACUAAUGACAUCAUAGCCUCAACUGCCUUUGGUCUGCAGGUGAAUUCAUAUAGGGAUGCGGAUAAUGAAUUCUAUAGAUCGGGUAAAACCAUGACAACAUUUACCUUCAAACAAGGAUUGAAAUUUUUCCUAUUUGGAUAUUUUGGAAAGCUAAUGAGUUUAUUGAAGAUAGAACUAUUCGAUAAGAAGUCCUCAAAUUAUUUCAUGCGUUUGGUUUUGGAUGCCAUGAGAUAUCGUCAAGAGCACAAUAUCUUCAGACCGGAUAUGAUCAAUAUGCUGAUGGAGGCUAGAGGCAUGCUUAAAGGCCAUGAUAAGAUCACAAAUCGCGAGUGGACCGAUGUUGAUAUUGUGGGUCAAUGUUUUCUGUUCUUCUUUGCCGGUUUCGAAACCUCCUCAUCGCUGUCAUGUUUUACCAUACAUGAAUUAAUGGAAAAUCCUGAUAUACAAGAGAAACUUUUUGAGGAAAUUGAAGAAGUUAAUCAGCAGUUAAAUGGUCAACCUCCCACCUAUGAGGCCAUUAUGGAAAUGAAAUACAUGGACAUGGUCUUAAAGGAAUCUCUAAGAAAGUGGCCCCCUGCUACAGUAGUUGAUCGCAAAUGCAAUGAGGAUAUCACCUAUGAUUUGGAGGAUGGCAUGAAAUUGGAGUUGAAGAAAGGUGAUGGUGUUUGGCUGCCCAUUGCAGCUCUACAUAGAGAUGCCAAAUAUUUCGAGAAUCCUACAAAAUUUGAUCCCGAACGAUUUAGUGAGGAAAAUAAGGAUGCGAUAAAUCAAUUUGUUUACUUGCCAUUUGGUGUGGGACCACGCAAUUGCAUUGGUUCUCGCUUUGCUUUGCUGGAGACCAAGGUCCUGGUUUAUUAUCUAAUGCGUGAUUUCAAGUUUGAGAAGGCUUCAAAGAGCUGCAUUCCUUUGGAAGUAAAAGCUUCUGGAUUCCAAUUGGCUGCUAAAGAUGGUUUCUGGAUUAAAUUUGUACCCAGAGUGUAAACAUUUCAGAACAUAGGAUCUCAUAUUAUCAUGAAUCUUAA